CGCGGUCGGGCGUAAUUUUGCGCUUCCGGUGGAGUUGGGAGGGGGCUUCCGGCUGAGACUUGCUUGUCAUGGUGCUGCUGGAGAACGACUCGUUCCUGACAGAGCUAACCCGGCUUUUCCAGAAAUGCCGAACCUCAGGAAGCAUUUACCUCACCAUGAAGAAAUAUGAUGGUCGGACAAAGCCAGUCCCGCGGAAAGGGAACCCUGACAAUUUUGAACCUGCUGAUAACAAGUGUCUCCUGCGGGCAACUGAUGGAAAAAAGAAGAUCAGCACAGUGAUAAGCUCCAAGGAAGUAAACAAGUUUCAGAUGGCAUAUUCAAACCUGUUGCGGGCGCACAUGGAUGGUUUAAAGAAGAAAGACAAAAAGAGCAAGAGUAAGAAGACAAAGGCCACGCAGUGAUGGCAUAGUGUGGGGAUUUCCUGGGAGUGGGGUUAGGGAGAAGAAGGGUUGACUUUACUUGUACCCAGCAUCUUAAAAAUUGCUUGCGUAUCAAAUGGAGAUGUAAAGGAAUCAAUGUUGGGAGAGGAAUGGGUUCCAGAAGAGCAUUGAUUAGAAAUGCACAACUCCCACAGUAAUGGAUAACUGUUUCCCCCACUUGUGAUGGGUAUGUUUAUAAAUGUCUGUCAUGGAUACAUGGUGGGAAUGGCAAGUAUGAUGAAAGGAAUUUGUUGGACAUUGGUUAGAAAAGCUUACUAUCUAACAAUAUUUCUCCCCCCUCACUUUUUCUGCAGUUAACCAUGUUGUGACAAUAUUGUUAGGUGUUGCAGGACAUGACCAAAAAUAAUGCCCUGGGCUUCUUUGAUCCUGGUUGGGAUUUUGCUUCUCAUUUGUCCAUUAUAGGCAAGUAAUCACUACAGUCAAAGGUCAUUUUACAUAGAUCAUAAUUACUGUGCAUUCUCCAUCUUCAAAGGUGAGCAUGUUCCUCUGAUCAAUACAUCUUUGAAAUAAUUUGAAUUAACUUCAUUUGAUAAAGUUGCACCCUCUGUUUACUUUCUCCCUGCUCCUCUUUCCCACACUAUUUGAAUGUUAUCCUGAUGUUCUGACUACCACAGAGACCAAAUUCUUAAUGUCAUGCAUAGGCACUGCCUUUUAAGUUUACUAUCGGAGCCUUUUCAGUUUAGUAUAGGAGCCUUUUCUCCUGCUAGUGCAGAAACCAGCCAGAACGAGCUGGUUUCUGCAAUAGCAGAAGAAAAGGCUCAUAGAAUUAAAAAUCCUUAAGGUGAAUGUGAAAAAGGAGAAUAGAGUUUUGAUUUUUCUUAUGGGAGCUUUGACCUCCUCUCCUAGAAUGGUUUUCUGGUUGACUAGGAGGUAGGUUUUUUUAAAGACUUCAAGAAAUUUGUGCAAUGUGACUUAAGUUUCAUGCAGAGCUCGCUUUGGGUUUAGAUUCAAUUAUAUAUUGAUAAUUAUUGUAGAUCUAUAUUAAGUACAUUAAAAAGCUUUCUCUGACCUGUUUUACUA